CAUUUCCGAAAUUGCGCUUUCAAGGUGCGCGAAGGGAUCUGUCUGUCUGGUGCUGGUUAACUUACCUUCGUUGUCCAGGGGACAUAUUUCGAACUUUAUCCCCUGAGGCAUAAGUAUGGGCAUUUGAAUGUGUAUAGGAUUAUAAAAAGUGGAAUAAAAAUUGAUUUUAAGUUUGCCGAGUAUAAGAUUUUAAUACUUUUAAUAAAACCAGAUUACCAAAAUGGUUCUUUCACAAAGACAGAGAGAUGAGCUUAAUAAAGCCAUUGCUGACUAUCUUAGUUCGAAUGGAUAUGUCAAUGCAUUAGGAGAAUUCCAGAAGGAAGCCAAUAUGUCUAAUGAUGUAGAAAAGAAAUAUGCUGGCCUUCUGGAGAAGAAAUGGACAUCUGUAAUCAGAUUACAGAAAAAGGUUAUGGACCUAGAAUCUAAGCUGACAGAAGCUGAAAAAGAAUUCAGUAUUGGAGCUCCAACCAGAGAUAAACGUAGCCCUGCCGAAUGGAUUCCCCGUGCCCCAGAAAGAUAUUCACUGAGUGGCCAUCGUAGUCCAGUUACUAAAGUCUUAUUUCACCCGGUAUUCAGUGUAGUAAUAUCAGCCAGUGAAGAUGCUACUAUUAAGAUAUGGGAUUAUGAAACCGGUGAUUAUGAAAGAUCAUUAAAAGGACAUACAGAUUCAAUUCAAGAUAUAGCAUUUGAUCACACAGGCAAACUGUUAGCUUCGUGCUCGGCAGAUAUGAUGAUUAAACUAUGGGAUUUUCAAGGAUUUGAAUGCCUGAAAACUAUGUUCGGGCAUGACCAUAAUGUUUCGAGUAUAACCUUCAUGCCAAGUGGUGAUUUCAUUGUUUCUGCAUCCAGAGACAAAACUAUCAAAAUGUGGGAAGUUGCCACUGGCUAUUGUGUAAAGACAUUUACAGGCCAUCGUGAGUGGGUCAGGAUGGUGCGUGUAAAUAAAGAUGGUUCGCUGCUGGCCAGCUGUUCUAAUGAUCAGACUGUUAGAGUAUGGGUUGUAGCUACAAAAGAAUGUAAAGCUGAAUUAAGAGAACAUGAACAUACUGUUGAAUGUAUAGCUUGGGCUCCAGAAACAGCAUACCCAUCUAUUGGAGAAGCAGGUGGCGCAGAUGCAAAGAAAUCAAGUGGGCCAUUCCUUAUAUCUGGUUCUCGUGAUAAGACUAUGAAGAUGUGGGAUAUAAGCAGUGGACUUUGUCUCUUUUCAUUGGUUGGUCAUGAUAAUUGGGUACGAGGAAUUGUUUUCCAUCCAGGAGGACUUUUCAUACUUAGUGCUUCUGAUGAUAAAACUCUUAGAGUCUGGGACAUCAAAAACAAACGUAACCACAAAACUCUGGAAGCACAUUCACAUUUUGCUACAUCUGUAGACAUGCAUAAGAAUUCUCCGUAUGUAGUAACAGGGAGUGUUGAUCAAAGUGUAAAGAUAUGGGAAUGUAGAUAAAUACAGUCACCAGUAUAUCUGGUAGAUUUAUCUCAUGUAUAACAUCUAGUGGUUCAUAAAACAGUUGAUAUAUUUUACCUUACUUACUGUACACUAUAUCUUUAACAUCAUUUAAACACUGGAUUUAAUUAAAGUGCUUACUUUACACUUCAAUAUUUAUUUAUGAAUUAAUUGUAUUCAUAUGAUAAAAUAUAAUAUAUUACAUACUUGGGUAAAUUAUUUGAAUAAUCAACUGUUUUAAAAACCUGUGUUAGUUAGAGACGAUGGACCACACCACUGACUAUCAAGGUGACCCCUUUUCUUUUACAUGUGUCUGCCAGUUGUUAUUCUAAGUUUGUAUCUUAAAUAAAAUGGUGAUAUUUUGUGGCUUUUUGUGAUGCUCAUAUUCACCCAGUGUUCAAGUAUGCUUUGAUAGCUUGAGAACACUGCAAACUAAUUAUAUGAUUGAAUAAGAUAUUAGAUCCAGAGAUAUGACAACUAGGUACUGUAGAAAUCGUGAUGGUUUAUGAAGAAAGCAAGAAAUUAUUUAUCACUGUGAUAUAUCUGUCUAGAGGUUAUACAGAUUAUGAAAGUCUCCUGAAUUGUCUACUGUAUCUACAACGAUAUUGUAACAUCUAUGAUUUAAUCCAACUGUCCCUAAAUAUAAUCCCAUUCAUCAUGAAAAACCAUAAUAGUAAUAGCUAGGUCACAGGUGAUAACUUAGAAAUCAAACGCAUCACCUCCAAGUUUGAUAACGAUACACAAUUAUACUACUCUAGUCUAAACUUGUAAUUUCUAAUUUACCUCAUAAUAUAAUCCUUAAUACCUUAAUAAAAAAGAACAAAGAUAUUAAUCUGUUAUAGUAACUGAUCGUCAUUUGCACUUUUCAGACAAUGACUUAAACUUAAACCAUGUUAAAAUGUACACAAAUUAAAAUUUUAAUUAAGAAAGCAAACUAUCAAUGGUACAAAUGUUCCCAGCUUGGAUUCCAUCGGAUCAAAAACGAGGCCCAUCAAAAGAUUUCAGGUGGCAAUGGCUUGUGUGACCAUAUCUUGUAUGUUGUCUCUAGUGGAUGCCGAAUGUUAACAAUUUUUUAAUUCAUAAUAUCUUUGGAAUACUUAAUGGAAUUGAAUUAUUUUUGGACAGACAUUCCUUUUAGAGAUUAAACUCUCACAAUAUUAUGACGAUCAGAGACUUUAAUUGAUGGAACAAAUCAGUAUAUGUAUGUAGACAUUAGGAAAAUUUCUUAGCCUGCUUACCAACUUUAUAAAAUCCUCUUAAAAAAUUUGUGUGAAUCAUUGAAAUCAGAGAAGACACUGUAUGUUGACUGAUACUGUUGACUACUUUCUAUGUAUGUAAUAAUUAAAAAACGGAAUGUGAAGGUUAGAAUCAUAGAUGGCUUCCUAGUAACUUUUACUGUUUGUUAGUGGGCUAUAUAUUAUAUAAAUUUAAAGUCCAAAGCAAGAUGUCUUGCACAAGCAAUUUUAUAUCUAUAAAUUACCACUCUUUUCGAAUUUCUAUUGCAUGCAAUAAAUAAAAUUGUUUGUAAAAGGGGUGACGGUUGGAUUUUAAUUUUGACUAUUCAUCUUUUGUUUUUCUAUUAUUUAUCACGAGAAAAACAAUGACUACCACUUUUAUUUUUCGAAUCUAUGAUCAGUCAAAGUUUACAUCUUUUAAGAUCAUUUUCGUAAAUUGAAAAUCGUCAAAUUUCCCCAAAUACUAUGGACUAUGUUUGCUUUUUGUCCUUGGAACAAACAUACAUACUAUUUAAUAAGUGUUAUAAAUUAAAUGUUAGAGCUGAAUUAACAACCAAUAUAUGUGCUUUAUAUUUGUUAUUGUAUAUAUUUGUACAUUUUGAUUUAUAUUUUUGUCUUUGCUUUUGUAAUUUAUUUUUUUCCACGUAGUGCUCAGAAUUAUUUAUGGUGUUAGGAAAUUUAUUUUAUUUUAUCAAAUAGACUAUAUUAUUAAAUUAAGAAAGAAAUCUAUUCCAGUGAUAUAUCAAUAUUUUAUCUAAUUACAACAUUCAAUGUUUAAUCCAUUUAAAACUUACAAUAGAAAUGAAUGACACCGAAAUAAGUAACAGAAAAACUUUAUAGGACUAGUUGUUUUAUGUUUUAAGAAAAAUCUACAUGAUGAUUUAAAAUAGAUUUGUUCAUGUACAAGCUUGUCGUAGGGUUGUUCGUGGACCAUAUUUUAACCGGAUUAGGAUUACUUCAUGAACAUGAAAUAUAUAUUGUCCUAUUUAAUUAGGGAUAGAAGUUAUCUUAGGCAUAGUAGAUAGUGUGAUAUACAACUGCCAGUAAUAUCAGUUUUAUGCAUAAUCUUAAUACUUGGGUAUAGUCACUUGAAUUAAAGUAGUUCUUCUAGAUUCAAAACUUAAGAAGUGAAGAUAAUUCUCACUUGAAUUGUACAUAGAAAUGUUAGUUUGGAAGAACUACUUUAAACAUAAUAGAUAUUCCAAGUUUUAAAGGGUGUUUGGUAUGGACUGCAUACCUCUCAUAAGGCUUCUAUAAUAUAUUACAGUACUACAAACCUAUAUUUGCUUUAAUUAACAUAAUUGUUGUUUUUUUUUUGUAAUUAUUUUUUUUUUUUUUUGUCACAGUUUUGACCGACCUCACUUUGUAAUUUUCUCUGUCUCGAUAAUAUAUAUAUAUAUAUUUAAUAAAUCUCCAGAUAGUACAAGUUGAUUAAAAGGAGGAUUUUUUUUCUCUUCCAAAUUUUACCUUGGUCAAUAACAUUCAGCCAUUUAAAAAUAUGAAAUGAGUGAGGAAGGUCAUUUUUUCUAGAUCCUCUCCAUUGAUAAGAAAUUUGCUAAAAAUAAAAUGGCCCUCCCACCAUUGGAUAUCUUUAAAUAGAAAUCUAUUACCAGUACAUAGUAUGAUUCAUUUAAUAAUUAAUUGUCAUGCAUUAAUAUGUAGUUUCUAAUGAUUACUAAUAAAAGUAUCAAUUAAUCUAAACAGUGCUAAACAAUUUCAAACCCUCUUUAUUAUUCUUUUUUUAAAUUGGAGAUUUAUACCAUAUUUGCAUUUAAUAGAAAUUUUAACUUAUGAUUAUAAAUACAUUUAUUGAUUACUUAGUGUAUAAUGUAUUUUAUGUUACUGAAUAUUGUCCUACACCUAAUAAGUUCUAUGUGAAUAAAGUAUUAAAAAAAAUA